AUGAACUGCGACGCCGCUCAACCGUGGAUGAUGGCUUAUCAUCCGACGGACGUCUUCUGGAACCCUUCCUCCGCCUCGUCUUCCUCGGAUUCGCCUCCGGAUCCCGAGCACACUGCUCAGUACGCUGUCCCGUCCGGAUACGGUAAGAGUCUUUCGACGUUUGUGUACAACAGGUUCUCGUCUUUCUCAGCUCCGCCGAUUUCUCCGCCGAAGACUGCAGAAGUGAAUCAACUCGGCGGUGUUUUUGUGAACGGAAGGCCGUUGCCCAUUGAGAUGAGAUACAAGAUUGUCGAGUUGGCCAGACAGGGAACACGGCCUUGUGAGUUUCGGUUCAAGGAAAACAAAUGCAACGGACUGAUUCAGGUGACAUUUCGCGUCAGCUCAAGAUCAGCCACGGGUGUGUCUCCAAGAUUCUGACGCGAUUUUCGGAGAACGGAACGAUAAUGCCGGGAACGAUCGGCGGGUCGCGGCCGAGAGUGACGACGCCCAAAGUGGUCGAGUACAUUCGGGGACUGAAGCGGGCCGAUCCGGGCAUCUUCGCCUGGGAAAUCAGAGAUCGGCUGAUUUCCGAUGACAUUUGCGACCGAGCCAAUCUGCCGUCCGUCAGCAGCAUCAGCCGAAUUCUGAGAACAAGAAUGCGGGAAGCGGUGAGUAUCGGAAAGAUGCGGAAGAUCCGAACUCUGUUUUUCAGGCACCACCUCCUCCGCCCAAAUGCGCUACAUUAGAAGUCAGAUUGCCGAACAUGAACAGCAGCAGCAACAGUUGCAGUACAUGGAGAAUCAGAACCAUCAAUGGGUCCAUAAUAACGAGUUGGCAGGUAGUGUCGGAUACUCGGCCACGGCCCCCACCACCCCUCCUUCCUAUGAUUAUUUUGUGAACAGUUCAUGA